ACAUCACAUGAUUUCUUGCUGGCUGCUCUGUGUAUCAGCACUUAUUAGCAGUAUGAUGUCUGAGUGGGAGACAGUAUUGAUAUCUUGGUGUGCGUAACGUUAUAUAACUGAGAAACACAAAAAAUAGAUUUAUAACGAUGUGGGAUCGGCGAAAGAAAGGUAACAUUGAUCAUCACAAAGCAACAUAUCCUGUCUGUGCCUUUAAGUUUUAAUCCAGACCUAUUUAGGACUGUGUUUGUGUGACAAUACAAGGUUUGGUUAGAUGGCAUUGCUUUGCCUUAACAGCAAAAUAUCCUGAGUGGCUCUCUAACAGACUGCAAGCAGUGUUAUUUACCCUAUGGUGCCCUUUAUAAUAUUUUGAGAGUGUGAGAAAAGCAAGCAUCAUGUCAAUAGCAGACAGAACAAUUAACAGUGAAGCAGGAGAUUGGGGCUUCAGUGAAGAUGCUGGUGAAAGGGCGUGGCUUCUCCAGAGCCCCAGCGUGGACUCUGUACAACCACCUAACCAAUCAGAUGACAGAAGAGGAGGGACAACAUCACUUGGGGCUGUUUUCAUCGUGGUGAAUGCUGCUCUGGGAGCUGGACUUCUCAAUUUUCCUGCUGCAUUCAAUAUGGCCGGAGGGAUAACUGCUGGAGUUGUCCUGCAAAUGUGCAUGAUGCUGUUCAUCAUCAGCGGGCUAGUUAUCUUGGCUUAUUGUUCUCAGGUGAGCAAUGAAACAACGUAUCAGGAGGUAAUUCGUGCUGUGUGUGGGAAGGUUCUAGGGGUCAUUUGUGAGCUGGCCAUUGCUGUGUACACCUUCGGCACAUGCAUAGCUUUCCUUAUCAUCAUUGGAGAUCAGCUAGAUAAGCUGUUUGGUGCUAUGGGUCAUGAUUCAGAGACUGUGUCGCACUGGUACACAGAUCGUAAGUUCACCAUCACAUUGACCUCAAUCCUAGUCAUUCUGCCUCUGUCUAUACCAAAAGAGAUUGGCUUCCAGAAAUAUGCCAGCACCUUGAGUGUUAUUGGCACCUGGUAUGUGACGAUCAUAAUCAUCAUCAAAUACAUCUGGCCUGACAAAGAAGUUUCUCCAGGACUCAUCCCAGUCAGGCCUGCAUCUUGGACUGAUGUGUUUAAUGCCAUGCCUACAAUCUGCUUUGGUUUCCAGUGUCAUGUCAGUAGUGUUCCUGUUUUUAACAGCAUGAAGAAGCCAGAAAUUCGGCCUUGGUGGGCUGUUGUUACCGCCAGUAUGAUUAUCUGCCUUUUUGUUUAUAUAGGCACAGGUGUUUGCGGGUUCCUGUCGUUCGGUUCGACUGUAAGUCAGGAUGUGUUGAUGUCAUAUCCAUCCAAUGACAUUGCAGUGGCUAUUGCUCGAGUCUUUAUCAUCAUCUGUGUUGUCACCUCCUAUCCAAUCCUGCACUUCUGUGGAAGGGCAGUGCUGGAAGGUCUAUGGCUGCGUUUUAAAGGAGAGCAGGUGGAGACCGAUGUGGCAAAGGAACGAAGAAGAAGGAUACUGCAGACGCUCAUCUGGUUUUGUCUCACACUCAUCCUUGCUCUCUUCAUUCCUGACAUUGGAAGAGUCAUUUCACUAAUUGGUGGUUUGGCUGCAUGUUUCAUCUUUGUUUUUCCAGGGUUGUGUUUGAUACAGGCAAAGCUUUCCGAGCAUGAUGUGAGAUCAGCCAGCUGGCAUGGUAUGGUGGCGUUUGGAGUUUUCAUGGUUACGAUUGGGGCUUUCAUCUUUGGACAGACGACCACUAAUGCAAUCUACAAAGAUAUCAUCAAUCAUCCCAACAGCUCAUAGGAGGACUUGCUGUGACCUCCUUGACAUUGGACUUUUAACCAAUAGAGACAAAGUGGACAAAAUGAAAGCCUUGACAUCUGUUUGUAAAAUGUACACUCCAGUUGGGAAAAUCCCACAGAAGUCUAUACCUCUCAGUGUAGUGGAUCACCCACUAGCAUGCGAUAUUAAACCCUUUUGCUUGGGCUGUCUGUGAAUGGUAGACCACUACACAUCUACAUUCUGGAAUCUGGAUUGAUGUUGGCAUAGUGCUAAAUCCUUGCUUUUUUGUUUAAUCUAAUAUCUUCCAAAUAUAGUCUUUUUUUGGCAAUUUUUAUAAUUGUGUUUUUUUUAAGAACCUAAUUUUAUGAGGGCUUUAUAAAACUUGACAUUAUGGGUUUGGUUAAUGUAUAUUAUGUUUACUCUUGAGGAAGGACUUGCACUGCCAAAUCUGUAAUUCUGCCGUUCUCUAAAAUGUGUGAAACUAAGAAACUGAUUGUCUGUAGACCACUUUAGAUACAAAAAGACGGAUAUUGAAGGUGUGUUUAAGAAUGCUUUCAAGAAUGUUUUUUUUAUCUGAUGCAUGGUUAAAAAGGAGGACCAACAGUCUCUCAUUUUUAAACCCAUUGAUACUUGAACUGGGUGUAACAAAAACGAUAGAAAACUGACUUGAAUCAACUGACCGAUUUAAUUUUUGUCAAUUUGUCUUUUGGGAAAAUACUGUUGUACAAAUGAUAUUUUAUUCAGUAAAUUCCUGUUAGUCAUUUACCACACAAUUCAUAUGUGUACUGUAAUUCACACUGGUGUGUUGAAUGCUACUAUAAUACCAAUUCUUUUUGAAAUGUAUGCAAUUUUAUGUAUGUAAUUGUGCAUACAUACCAGGUAAAUUCUUAACCUUCCUUGUGGAUUUAACCAGUAACACAGAUGCAUGUCUGGCUUUUCCAAAAUCAUGUGAAAUAUUGUAUGUUUGUUUACUAUUUCAGUGCAAUCACUACAGGGAUUUGAAAAGUCCAUGAAAGUCAAUGAAAAAGCUACUUUCAUGUAACCGUUACAUUUGUUGGAUUUUUUUUGUCUUAAAACUGUUUGACUCUACAGGGGCAAUUCAUAAACAAGCAAAAAAUUAACUAUUAAAAAAUUAGGCAUUAAC